UUAUUGGUUCAUAUAUCUAUAUUUGUAUGAAAUGUCAGACGACGUGGCUAUCGAAAUAUGGAAGCCGCAUCAUAUAAGAAGCUUAAAUUUUUGUAAGGCCACGAUAUGUCAUGUGAAAAUACAUAUUUGUAAAAGUGUUUUUAAUUAACUAGUCUUUUACCGAAUUGUUAUAAUUUAUUUAAUGUUAUAAAUACGUUAUUUUAUUAUAAUUAUGGGAUUGUGCAAGUGUCCGAAAAGAAGAGUUACAAACCUAUUUUGUUUUGAACACCGUGUCAAUGUUUGUGAACAUUGUAUGGUCACAAAUCAUCCAAAGUGUAUUGUUCAGUCAUAUAUUUUGUGGCUUCAUGAUCAUGAUUAUAAUCCAAUUUGUACAUUAUGUUCAGUAAAUUUAAGUGAAGGAGAUUGUGUACGAUUAACAUGUUAUCAUAUGUAUCAUUGGACAUGUUUGGAUAAAUAUGCCAGAGAAUUACCAGCAACUACUGCACCAGCAGGAUACACAUGUCCAACUUGUAAAGAACGCAUAUUUCCAGAUUCAAAAUUAGUAUCUCCUGUAGCAGAUGUAUUAAGAGAAAAAUUAGCAGGAGUAAAUUGGGCACGUGCUGGUUUAGGUUUACCUUUGCUCAGUGAAGAUAGGGAACAAAAACCAGAACAAGAGCAUCCUUCAUUAAGAAUUGAAACUACAUCAUAUCAAAAUCAUACAACUUCAUCACCAUCAACAACUACAUCACGUUCUAUUAGCAAUGUUAAUUCAGUUCAUACUAAUAUAAAUAAUGUGCAUUUAAAUAAUCAAAAAGUUGGGCCACCCUAUUCAAUUGUAAAUAUUGAUUCGUCUAUGGGAUUAUCACAACCAACAUCAAGAAAAGUUUGUGAAGCUUAUGAUGAUCCAAAAGAAAUAUCUUUUGAUCAUGAUGAAAAUAAAUAUAGAAGAAAAUCUGCCAUUGAAUGGUUCUUAAGAUGGUGGAAAUUGAUAGUUAGUCCACCAACACGGCGUAGAAAUUCACCUGGACCAUUGUACAAGAGAUAUGCAGUGCUAGGUAUUAUGGGUAUAUUAGCUUUUAUCGGAAUGUUAAUUCUCUUCUCAUGGCUCGGAAGGAUGGCUACAGAUGGCGAUCCAAGUUACGAUCUUCAUGCGGAUCCUAAUAUUUUAGUCGCCGACAAAUCUGCUGGUAUUUAAUAUUCUCUAGUUUUUUUAAAAUCAAAAUUUAAAAAAACUAUGAGAAUAUAAUAUAAAUGAAGCAUAUAAUAUGUGUGGAAGCAAUAAUUGAAGCUUGUAAAAUAAUCGAAUAACGACUAUAGUCGAACGAAUAUGUAUUCAUUGUUUUAUAAUUUCAUUCUAAAAGAAUAAUUAACAUAAGAUAUAAUGUAUUGCUAGCCUUAAUAUCUGUUGAUUUUUGUGUAAAGUAUACCUUAAUGUUAAGCUGUAUAUUUCGAUCUGUAAAGACUUAUAAAUUUACAAAAAAUUUUGUGAUUAUAUGAAUCAGUUAGUUUUUUAUAUCAUCAUGCGCGAAGAUUAAACGAAAACAGUUCUUAUAUUCCCGAUAUUAUUGCCGUCAAUAGAAAUAAGCUAUAUUCAGAAAAGAUUUUAUUGUGAUAGCGGUUUUAAUCAAAAACACAUAAUUUUAUUAUUUAUGUUAUUACAUUUAUUUUAAAAUAACAUUAUAAUCUAAUUAAAGUGACUGUUCUC